UUCGCUUCUUUCCUUUUCCACUACUUAUGCUUUUUAAGCUUUUUUCACAUUUCUCUAAUGGCUUCUCUCGCGCCUAAAUUUUUUCCCUCCUUCUGAGACCCUACCCAUUUCCCACGCCACUGCCCCUGCCCCUCCAUGUUGCUCCUCCCCGACCCCGCCGCUCCCCCCGGCGGUUCUGUCGUCGUCGUCGGGGUCAAAAUGGAUUCCCACAGUCGGGAAUUGCUCACUUGGGCGCUUGUUAAAGUCGCUCAGCCUGGGGAUUCUGUCAUUGCUCUUCAUGUCCUUGAUUCUGCUGCUGUUCCUGAAGGGAAAUCUACUUUGCUUUCUCUUGUAAAGUCGUUUGACUCUGUGCUGUCCGCUUAUGAAGGAUUCUGCAACCUGAAACAGGUUGAAUUGAAGCUCAAGGUCUGCCGAGGCUCGCCGGUUAGGAAAGUCAUUAGACGGGAAGUGAAUUCUUACGAGGAGGCUUCUCUAAUUCUUGGUACUUCUAAAACGCACCAUAGAAUCCGUUCUUCGGCCUCGGUUGCUAAGUACUGCGCUAGAAAAUUGUCGAGCAGAUUCACUGUUUUAGCUGUUAAUAAUGGCAAAGUUAUUUUCCAGAGAUUGGCGACUUUCCCAAAUAAAGGCCAGUCUCCAGACAAGGAUGGGGACAAGAAUUUUGCUGCCAUUGUAGAAGUAACUAAUGAAACAACAGCUGUUGGGUUGGCUUCAAAUUUUAUCGAUAGUCAUCGUUGCUUACAGAAAUCUGACUCUGGUUGUAAUGAUAAAACAGAGAGGGACUGUGUUGAGGGUGCUCCAUCUUCGCUUGAACGGAACGAUUCGGGAAUUGAUUUGGUGGAUGAGUUACCUGAGGACAAUGAUGUGGGGAAUUCAUUGGCUUUGGUACCGUUUCAUAAGCCUCGGGAAAAUUUGAAGUCAAAUUCCAUUGUGUGUCGAGAAUCGUCCCAUUGGAAAUCAAGUUGGCCGCUUCUAAGACGGAUAUUUUUGUCCAAGCACCAGGCAGAGAAAUCUUCAAAGAAGUUUUCUGUCUUCCAAGGUGUAUUGCACAUACCUAACUUCCAGUCAUCCUCCGCUUUGGUUUAUCCAGAUCAGAAACCGAACUGUUCUGACCAGGAUCAGGGUUUCACCAUUGACGGAGAGUGUGGUGCAAUUGUGCCAUAUGGGUCCAGCCACAUCUUGGAAAGCCUUCCCAAAGAGGUAUUGGAUUUGAAGGAUAAAUACUCAUCCACCUGCAGAGUGUUUACUUAUGAGGAACUUUCGUUUGCAACGUCUAAUUUUAUGUCUGAGCAUUUGGUUGGUAGAGGAGGUAGUAGCUAUGUUUACCGAGGACUUCUUCCUGAUGGCAAGGAAAUUGCUGUCAAAAUUUUGAAGCCAUCUGAGAAUGUGCUAAAGGAGUUUGUACAGGAAGUUGGGAUCAUUGCAACUUCAAGUCAUAAGAAUAUUAUAUCUUUAAUAGGUUUUUGUUUGGAGGACAACAAUUUGCUGUUGGUCUAUGAUUUUCUUUCAAGAGGAAGUAUGGAAGAAAAUCUUCAUGGUUGUAAGAAAGAUAUGAAUUCAUUUGGUUGGCAAGAGAGAUUUAAGGUUGCAGUUGGCAUUGCUGAGGCACUAGACUAUCUGCACAAUUGCAGGGAGGAACCUGUGGUACACCGGGAUGUGAAGUCCUCUAACAUUUUGCUUUCAGAGAAUUUUGAACCACAGCUUUCCGAUUUUGGGCUUGCUAGUUGGGCAUCAUCGUGCUUUCAAGUCACCUGUACUGAUGUAGCUGGAACGUUUGGUUACUUGGCACCUGAGUAUUUCAUGCAUGGCAAAGUGAGUGACAAAAUCGAUGUUUAUGCUUUUGGUGUUGUACUCCUUGAACUACUUUCUGGCAGAAAACCAAUCAGCAACAAUUGUCCCAAGGGGCAGGAAAGCCUUGUUAUGUGGGCAAAGCCAAUUUUGACAGAAGGCAAAGUUUCACAAUUACUUGAUCCAAGCCUAGGCAGUGACUACAACCACGAUCAAAUAGGUCGAAUGAUUUUGGCCGCUACCCUUUGUAUUAGACGAGCACCAAGACUCCGCCCUCAAAUCAGCCUGAUACUGAAACUUCUCCAAGGUGACGAGGAAAUAACAACAUGGGCAAGACAACAAAUCGAUGAAUCAGAUGAAAUGGAUGCGAGUGAUGGAGAACCUCUACCUACUAACAUCCAAUCACACCUUAACCUGGCGUUGCUUGGUUUGGAGGAUGACUCACUUUCAGUUGGCAGUGGAAUUCAAAGCAUUUCCAUAGAGGACUACUUGCAGGGCAGAUGCAGCCGCUCUUCAAGCUUUAACUAGAAGUUGCUUACACUAUCAAUCAAAUCAAUAGAAUUUUCAGCCAAAUCUUAGGUAUUAACAUCUUCCACCUUCCUUUUUUCUUUCCUUAUUAAAACUGGGUCUUGGUAGAGAGGUUGUCCAGGGAAAGAGGUUUGCCCCCUCCUAGACUUGGUAGUUAGCUUGAAGGGCUUUUUCUUUUCUCUUUCUUUUUUCUUUUUCGGGAAAUCUUUGUAUUGGUUGAAAUUGAAUAGGUGUUGUUGAUUGAAAAUUAUGGGUUUGAAUUAAAGAGGGGAUGAUGUGAAAGGGCAUCUGUAGAUAUCACGCUACUUAUUACUGAAUUUAAUGUGAAGUUCUCAGCUGAUGUACUAUGAAAAGUUGCAAAAAUUCUGCUUUA